CACGGGACCGCUCCAGCACUGCCUGCCACCCGCAACGGGUCUUGGUUGCCUGUCUAUCCUUUCGUGGGUCCCAUCCUCUGCUUACGGCGAUGUUUCUUCAAAAAGAACUAGGGUGCAGUCCAUUGAUAGCUGAUCAGCUGCCUUGGAUUUUGCUGAUGAUCCAGGAGAGCUUUGCCUGAAGAUGGAAACACUGGAGUCGGAGCUGACCUGUCCUAUUUGUCUGGAGCUCUUCGAGGACCCUCUCCUGCUGCCCUGCGCACACAGCCUCUGCUUCAACUGUGCCCAUCGCAUCCUGGUGUCACACUGUGCCACCAACGAGUCUGUGGAGUCCAUCACCGCCUUCCAGUGCCCCACCUGCAGGCAUGUCAUCACUCUCAGCCACCGCGGUCUAGACGGGCUCAAGCGCAACGUCACGCUGCAGAACAUCAUCGACAGGUUCCAGAAAGCAUCUGUGAGCAGUCCCAAUUCCCCCAGCGAGACCCGCCGCGAGCGUGCCUUCGACGCCCACACCAUGACCUCCGCCGAGAAAGUGCUCUGCCAGUUCUGUGACCAGGAUCCUGCCCAGGAUGCCGUGAAGACCUGUGUCACUUGUGAAGUGUCCUACUGUGAUGAGUGCCUGAAAGCCACUCACCCGAAUAAGAAGCCCUUUACGGGCCACCGUCUGAUUGAGCCAAUUCCGGACUCGCACAUUCGGGGGCUGAUGUGUCUGGAGCAUGAGGAUGAGAAGGUGAAUAUGUACUGUGUGACCGAUGACCAGUUAAUCUGUGCCUUGUGUAAACUGGUUGGGCGGCACCGAGAUCAUCAGGUGGCAGCUUUGAGUGAGCGCUAUGACAAAUUGAAGCAAAACUUAGAGAGUAAUCUCACCAACCUUAUUAAGAGGAACACAGAACUGGAGACCCUUUUGGCCAAACUCAUCCAAACCUGUCAACAUGUGGAGGUCAAUGCAUCCCGUCAAGAAGCCAAACUGAUGGAAGAGUGUGAUCUUCUCAUUGAGAUCAUUCAGCAAAGACGACAGAUUAUUGGAACCAAGAUCAAAGAAGGGAAGGUGAUGAGGCUUCGCAAACUGGCUCAGCAGAUUGCAAACUGCAAACAGUGCAUUGAGCGCUCGGCAUCCCUCAUCUCCCAAGCGGAACACUCUCUCAAGGAGAAUGAUCACGCACGUUUCCUCCAGACGGCCAAGAAUAUAACUGAGAGAGUCUCCAUGGCAACAGCAUCUUCCCAGGUCUUAAUUCCUGAAAUCAACCUCAAUGACACAUUUGACACCUUUGCCUUAGAUUUUACCAGAGAGAAAAAGUUGCUAGAAUGCCUGGAUUACCUUACAGCUCCCAGCUCUCCCACAAUUAGAGAAGAGCUGUGCACGGCUUCCUACGAUACCAUCACUGUCCACUGGACCUCCGAUGAUGAAUUCAGUGUGGUUUCCUAUGAGCUCCGCUAUACCAUCUUCACUGGACAAGCCAACCUCGUCAGUCUGUGUAACUCCGCCGAUAGCUGGAUGAUUGUGCCCAACAUCAAGCAGAACCACUACACGGUGCAUGGGAUGCAGAGCGGCACCAAGUACAUCUUCAUGGUCAAGGCCAUCAACCAGGCAGGCAGCCGCAGUAGCGAACCUGGGAAGCUGAAGACAAACAGCCAGCCAUUUAAACUGGACCCCAAAUCUGCACAUCGAAAGCUGAAGGUGUCCCAUGAUAACUUGACAGUAGAGCGUGAAGAGUCAUCAUCCAAAAAGAGUCACACACCUGAACGCUUCACCAGCCAAGGGAACUAUGGCAUAGCUGGCAAUGUGUUCAUCGACAGUGGCCGUCAUUACUGGGAAGUGGUCAUAAGUGGAAGCACCUGGUAUGCUAUUGGCCUGGCCUACAAAUCAGCACCGAAGCAUGAGUGGAUCGGGAAGAACUCAGCUUCCUGGGCACUGUGUCGCUGUCACAAUAACUGGGUGGUGAGACACAACAGCAAAGAGAUCCCCAUCGACCCCGCCCCUCACCUCCGGCGUGUGGGUAUCCUGCUGGACUAUGAUAACGGCUCCAUCGCCUUCUACGAUGCUUUGAACUCCAUGCACCUCUACACCUUCGACAUCACCUUCUCGCAGCCCGUGUGCCCCACCUUUACCCUGUGGAACAAAUGUUUGACCAUUAUCACUGGCCUCCCCAUCCCAGAUCAUCUGGACUGUGCUGAGCAGCUCUCCUGAGCACUUGGCUGGAGGAACCCCUCACUGGGCAAUGGAUGGGGUGGGGGGCACCAUUUGAGGGACAGAGAAAGCACAGGCUGCCAGAGUGUGAUAAAAUUUCACCGAAAGGUGUCCAGAAAUGGUCUAAGAUGGGAUUCAUAGUGGGCAGUUCCUCCCCAUCUUUACUGUGUUUGGUAUUAAGUGCAGGCUUUAAUAAUUUUUUCAAAUUUUUGUAUUUACAGGAAGAAUAGAUUAUUUAUAAAAGAAACAAAACCGGAAUUCCAGCUCUUAGGAAUUGUUUGGUUUUGUACAUCGAGAGGCCCAUAACUUCAGCAGCUCUUUAUAAUUGUCAUUUCAUCACAGUCUAUGGGCCGUGUUACACAGUUUUGUGUAAUAUCCUAAGAUUGUUAACCUCCUCACACCAUCGUUCUGACUGAGUCUGACAGGUGCUGGGCCUGGCACCUUGAUGAUGCCUAACAGAAUCUGCACCUGUUUGAAAAAAAUUUAAAUAGCUUUGUACAGGGCCAGGGAAAUAGUACAGCAGGUAAGGCACUUGCCUUGCAUGCAGCUGACCCAGGUUCAAGCCCCAGUACCCCAAUUGGUCUCCCGAGCCCCAUCAGGUGUGACCUCUGAGCACAAAGCCAGGACUAUGCCCUGAGCACUGCAAGGUGUGGCCCCCAAACAAAAUUAGUUUUGAACCUAAUAGGGAAGUAAGCAGAAUUUCUUACUGUUUCCUUUUGAUAUAUUUUAAAACUGCAAUAUCAAAAACUUUGAUUAGGUCAAGUAGAAACAGAAGCAAAAGAAAAAAACUGCAAAAACCUGGCUUAAAGCCAUGAAAAUUCCAUCUUUAACUACCCUCUGGUGGCUGAUGGACUAAAUUGGAAAAAAUAGAAGCUGGAGCAGUAGUACAGCUGGUAGCGCACUUGCCUUGCAUGUGGCCAACCCAGGUUCUAUCCCUAGCAUCCCACAUGGUCCCCUGAGUACUGCCAGGUGUAAUUCCUGAGUUUAGAUGCAGGAGUAACCCCUGAGCAUCGACAGGCGUGACCCCAAACCAACCAAAAAAAUUGUUGGCUUUCAAAAAUUGGAAAGAAAAGUUUAGACAUGCUUGGCCAUUUCACCCUACUUGUCGUAGGAGUAAGGAUUCAGGGAGAACAUUAAGAAUGAGAUGGCAAUUAAAAUCACUCACUUGGAAUCCUCCUGGUUUUCCAAAAUUCAAGAUUGUUGGAAGUUGGAUUAUUUCAUGAUGUCAAAUCUAUUUCAUUUUUUUCUUUUAAUCAUCUCUUUAGGUCUGUGAAAUUUCUUCACUAUGUUUAUUAGUUAUCCUGUUUCCCAUCACCCCCCCCAAUUAUUUUUCCUGUGUCACUAGCGCUGAAGAAAUAUAGUCUGUCACAAAUGGUAGCACCCCUUUAAGUUGAUUCUGUGCUCCCCAGGACAUCGACCUGUGGCCCCGCCUACCAUCACACCUCCAAAUAUAAGUCACCUGCAGACAUUGAAUACUAUGAGUUGGUAAUAACAAAGUACGAUUCAUUAGUAUACAUGUCUCAUCCAUUAUUAUAAACUGACCUGUAUUAAAUGCAUCUUGAAAAAUGUAGAAGUCCCUCCAAUAUUCUAGGAUACGUUACUGUAGAGUUAUAAGACAGAAAAAAGUCAAUCUCAUUAUACCCACACUGGGAGCAGCUAGCGGGACCUGUUAAGAGGAUGUUAGGUGGCAUCCAUGGCAUGCUCGCCUGACACAUUUGAAGGGCCCAUUACCUAAGGCAUUCUCAAGUAGUUCUUGGACUAGAAUCUGGCAUGAUUCUACCUUGACCAAGAACAUGGCAUAUAUAAAUUGUUUUGUUUGAUAAAAUACUUCUCUGGCCUAUUGGCUUGGCCAUCUUGAUGUAGCAGUCUGGUAGAUUUAGGCAUUGUUUUAGUGAUUUCAUUUUCAACCAAAUCAAUCAAUCAUUUCCCUGAAAUCCAUCCGUAAGACCCAUUUCAGCCUGACAUCAUGGGCAGCUUCCUGUGGGCCUCUGUCCUCUCCACAGAAAGACACUUUCCUUCUUACUACAUAGAUUCUAUAUAUUUACUAUAUUAUUUAUACCCAGAUGAAUAUUUUGAUAGUGACUUAGGACAAUUUCACAUCUGAAAAGCAGACACCUCAGUGGGGAGAAAACUGAUCAUUCUCUGGAAAGUUAAUGGGAUUUUGUUUUGUUUUGUUUUGUUUUUAUACUAUAAAAGCAACAUGUAUUUGCCUUUAUCCCAAAACCUGCAAGGGUUUCCUCUGUAUUUUUAUGUACUGAUUUUGGUAGCCGGAUAACAGAUAUUUUAAUGUACUUUGUACAAUAACAGGUUUUGAAUGAAAGGGUCUAAAACUCAGCUUCUGAGUUUUAAAAAUCAUGGUCUCCAGGUACCAAUGCUGCAGUUUGCCUUAUGAUGUUAAUGUAAAUCAUUUUUGAGAACAAUAUUUACAUGAAUAUAAUGUUUUCAAUAUAAAGAUGUUGCUACUCAAAUUUUCACUGCAAGCCAUUUAGGUUGUGUGUUUGCUAUUUUUAUAAGGACAAGAGGGAUUAUGUUAUAGUUUUGUUGUGGAAGUCUCACUCUUUGCUAACUUAAGAACUUUGUGGAUAGUAGCAGUUACUAUUUCCAUAUUGUCAUAUUUACAGGAAAAUGUGUAUAUGAUGAAAGACUACAGUGUUUACUUUCAUUACUGUAAUGAUGUAGUAAAGAUUUCCAUGUGGAUUUUUUUGAAAGUCUGAAAAAUAUAUACUAUAAACAUUUGCUGCCGUACAAUUCUUUAAAUGAAUUGGGGUCACCAUAUUUGGCUUUUGAGGACCUUCACAGGAAGCACUGUGAUACAGGGGAGAAAGAGAUGGCAGUGCCAACUACAUCACUCCAAGAAAAUUGGUGCGGUGCCAGUGAACCAAAGCUGCUGUGUCUGACAUUGCAUGUGUGUGAUGCCAAGGCCCAGAGCCGAGAGGGCCCAGCUGCUGCCAUCUUGAAAUUCUUUCUAAUUCAAGAAGGGGCCUGAAUUCUCAUUUUGUGUUGGGCCUCACAAAUAUAAGCAGUCCUUCUAAGGAAACUGAGAAACAUGGUACCUCUAUCUGGACAGAAACAAAGAAACCGGAUCCAAUGUCCAAAGCAGUCAUUGAAUUCCAGUAGGAAUCCCAAUGGACUAAUAGAAGAGUGUGCCUGGGUGAGGAUUUUCCUUCCAGCUUUCAGAGAAAAUGACUUCCCAAGCUGCCUAUGAAUAGUGAUGGUGGUUUCUGCAGGAGAAGAAAUGGCCUGGUGUCAAGCAGGUGUUUCAUUACAAUAUUUAGAUUCACUGUGAACUUCUAGCAAACCAGUAUCCUCCAGAAAAAGUGAGACUGUUUCAACCCCAGGCAUAUACGCACGCUUCAUUCACCUGCUUUGGUUGUUGGGAAUUUGACAUCCGGUUUUCCCUUUAUAGGAUAAAGAAGAAAUAAAGACAAACAGUGAAGGGGUUGGGAUGAUGGUUUUUAAAGAGUUCUUUUCCGCCGGGGGCAAUUUGGCAAUGUCUGGGGACACUGUGGAUUGUCCCAAUUUGCCUGCCGGAGUAGAGACCGAGGGCACUGCUCAGGAUCCUGAGGUGCUAGCGCAGCCCCUGCCGCAAAGAAUUCUCUGGCCCCAACUAUCAAGCGCCACAAUUGAGAAACUCUUGUUUGGGUGUUUUGGGUUUUGUUUUAGUGAAAAAUAAAGGGAACAUCAAUUCAGAACCUUUGCUGAUCAGUAGUGCGAAGCUCUGGAUGUGAUUUGUUUUGUUUGGAAAUGAAAAGUCUGUUCUCUUUCUCAGUCUCCUGAACAAAAACUCACUGAGUGGUACUUGGGUGGCACUGCCCAGCUCAGCCCUGAUUAGUCUCUCAAUUGCUGUUGCUUUCUGGUUCUAAAUAAAGUUGUGUUUGUGG